AUGAACUUGGCUACAUCUCAAACCCUGACCGUGACCAUCCCAUGUCUCAUGAGCCAUGCCAUACAGGCGCAAACAUUCAACUACAAUGUAGCGCUCAAUGCUGAGGCGCAUCAGACGUUGUCGUGGGCAUUGCAACGUGCGAAAGAGCAUUUCGGCUCGCAUGCUUCAUCUGAGCGUGGCGCCAUUCUCGGACACUUGAAAAUUUUCGGCGGAACCGACGAAUCCUUGGAACGAGGCAGCCUGCCGCGUGGUCGCUUCGUUAUCCGACUGUUAGGAGAGUUCAUUCGACUGCAAAGGGCCUCUUCACCAAAUCCGCCAUCAGGGUGA